AUGCCGCUCAUCAACAAUCCUCUGCCCUCUUCGAUGAAGAGCGAAUGCAAGAAGACAGGCAAGAUCCUCGCGUCCUUUAUCGAUCCGAAACAGUCCUUCGGUCCCGACAAGAUCAUUCCACCCCAAAUCCUCGCAAAUGCCAAAGGUCUUGCCAUCAUGACCGUCUUCAAGGCUGGCUUCCUCGGUAGUGCUCGUUUCGGCUCCGGUGUCAUAGUAGCCCGCCUGUCAGACGGCACUUGGUCUGCUCCUUCCGCAAUUGGUACUGUUGGUGGUGGUUUCGGUGGCCAGAUUGGCUUCGAGCUCACCGACUUCGUCUUCAUCCUCAACGAUGCUGCUGCUGUUCGUACAUUUGCUCAAGCUGGCAGUAUUACCCUCGGAGGCAACGUCUCGAUCGCCGCCGGUCCAGUUGGUCGCAAUGCAGAAGCUGCUGGUGCUGCCUCGCUCAAAGGCGUCGCUGGUAUUUUUGCCUACAGCAAAACCAAGGGGUUGUUCGCAGGUGUCUCUCUUGAGGGAAGUGCUAUGAUCGAGAGAAGAGAUGCCAACGAGAAGAUGUACAACCGUCGUGUCACUGCCAGAGCUCUGCUCGAGGGCGGUGUCCCUGUCCCGCCACAGGCCGAGCCUCUGAUGCGCGUCCUCAACAGCAGAGUCUUCGCUGGAGUCGCUGCUCAGCAAGGUGAUGCCAUGUACAAUGAUAUCCCAGUCUACGAUGAGUCUCACGACGAUGUCAUCUGGCAGGGAAAGAGAGGUGCUGCUCACGGUGAAGGUGUUCGCUCGGAUCGCACAGGAGCUUCUGGCAACUUUGGCGCUCCUUCACGUGCCAGCACUUGGCAAGACGAUGUUUAUGACAGACAACCCAGCUUCGGAUCCCGUGCCAACCCUGGUGAAACAUUCGAUCGUCUGGAAGCCUCUCGCGCACGCAGUAACAGUGCAUAUGCCGAUCAGGCCGAGUAUUCGUACUCUGAUCGCAAGCCUUCCAGACCCAGUGCUCCCAAACCGACUUUCAGCAGUAAUACCGCAACCCCCAAGCCUGGCCAGGCUAUUGCUAAAUUCACCUUUGAUCCUGAUCAACCUGGUGACUUGGGUUUCAAGAAGGGCGAAAUCAUCACCAUCGUCAAGAAGACUGAUAAUCCCAACGACUGGUGGACAGGCAGAAUUGGCUCAAGGGAAGGAAUUUUCCCUAGCAACUAUGUUGAACUCACUUAA